AUGCGAUGCGCGAGCAAGGCCGCCGAGAGCGCGUCUGCACGUAUCUGUGCGGACGCCGAAGCAGAAACUACAGCAACUGAUAUCCCAUCGGUUGCUGAAUCGACUCAGCCUGUAUCACCUGGUGAUGCAGGCGCUGGUCAUGAAGACACUCGUGUCUUCACAGAGUACGAGCUCGGUGUCUCGUACUCUCCUGAUACGGAUGACGGAUCCGUAUCGACGGCAAAUUGA